UGGCGUGGAUGGGUGGGUGGGCACCAGGUGAGGCUGCUCAGGACCAUUAAGGCCCAUUAGUGCCCUCAGGACCUGUCAUCAGCUCUAUGCUGGGCACACGCUUGGCUCCCCUGGCCUGAAGGGUCCUGGUGGCCAGCCUUGUCCGCAGGUGGCAGGCACGGCUGGCAGGCUUUCCUCUGCAUUAAAACACAUCUUUUUGCAGCAAGAGCGCUUGCACGGGUUGAUAAACACAAAAAUUAGAAAAGCUCUAAGGAAGCAUCAGGCAGGCCUGCCUGAACAGGGAAACCAAGCUGGGAAAGGUGUCGACACCCCCCACUCCUAAACUGUGUUGCAGAUGCCUCGCUCGAGAAAACUGUCCCCAGGUUAUUUCACAGAGGGAUGAGUUUGGGGAGAUUACCGUUUUCAGAGAAACUACCGGAAUGCCUUUUGCUUGUAUUAUUUGUGCAUGGUAAAUUGUUAAGAAACCAUGUGUUGCAAGGCUGUGUUUACCGCUGAGUAUUUUACUCGAGUGCUGCACGCUGCUGGAGGAGAGCAUCAUCACCUGCUCCCAGUGAGCUCUAGGACUCUUUCAAGCUUUCUCCAAUAUAUCCACAAAUUCCCACGGAGGGGUUGCCCCCAGCCUGGAGGAUAGAGGCAAUGAAUGAUCCAGCUUAGACGGGGAAUGGACAGUUCAGCUUCUUCUCCAGAUAUUCAAGCAUUAGCCUCUAAAAAAGGCUGUUAGAGACUUUUACAGGCCCCCAGCUCAGCCUGCAUAAGCAAAGAACCCGUCGGUGGUCACCCUGCUAGGGAGCAGGGACUUUGCAUCCCAAGCAUCUGGCUGUCAAAGUGAAGUCAGUGCCCACCAGGUCUCUUCCUCUGGUUUGAUCCCUCUGCCCCAAAAUCUAUACACGCGAAUCCUGCACUGUGACACCCUCUGAUUUUUGCUGCGCCCCACACCCAGGGCCGGCUGGUGUCCCUGGUCACCCUGGCAUCCCUACCAGCCAGGUGCCGUCACAUGCAGAAGCUGCACCACAGCUUGGCCAUCCAGUUUUACGUCUUCCACGGGCUGUUUUGCAAAGCUGAAAUCUAGGCGGGGAUUGGGAAGUGACGGGCAGCAUCUGCCUGUGUAACACUAGACAGUCACGUAUCGAGAGGGCCGUGUGGCUAAGGGCACAGGAACGAGCAGCAGCUUUCCUGCCUUCUUAGAGACCUGCUAAAAUGUCAACAGACCCCGGGGAUCUGCAACCCGACUCCCAGCAGCCGCAGUAAGUGCCAGGGCCGGGAGGACUCGCUGAGCGGUACCGGCAGCAAAGGAGAGCGGCCAGCGAUGCCGGCCGGACUCCACGUGGCUGCAGAUGCCGCGCGUUGAUCUGGGCUCAAAAAUCAGCAGCAGGGCCGCGGUGGCGAUGGCACACGGUUGUUUUUCUGGGGGUUUCCCUCGCAGGCUCCUUUUUCAGCGUUUCAGCACAUUCUUGGGAGUCAGCACGGACUCGCCUCCCGCUUCUCCUCGCGGGAGCUGCCUCUUGGCCUGGAGGUGACAACACCCUGUCCCUAUAAAUACCGAACGAGCCGUUUGCUGCAGGACUCCUUUGCACACACAUGCACAUGUGUCACGAGCCCGGCCGGUCGUCCUGGGGCACAGGGGUUUCAGCGGCUGGGACUGCGGGCCUGAACGGCGUGCCCGUAUGCACGGCGAAGGACGGCUGGCCAGCGCUGAGCCCGCUCUCGCCUCAAUCCCGGAUUAAGGACCGGCUUUCCACCCCCAUCCCGGGGGGGCCGGGCAGGCAGAUGCCAAUCGGGGAUCCCCCCAGCAAGGCGAUCCCGUGGCUGACCGCAGGUGUGUUGUCGGAGGCCUGGAGGGAGGAACCGAGGGAACUCGCCGCCAGAGUUGACGCUGCCUCUCCUGCUGAAACGGCAAAGGAGGAGGUGGCAAGUCACGAAAAGGCCCAGCGGGUGACCCAGUACCCAGCAGAGAUGGGACAGCUCAUCCCACCUCCCUCUCGUGCCACCGCUCGCCGCUCAUCGCGCCAGCUGUACCGCGGGAGUGCCAGGACCGAAGGGAAGCAAGCUGCCCUCUCCUGCCAGGACCGAGAGCUCGUGGUGCUGGAGCCGCCGGGGCAGAUCCUGCAGGCACACUCCUCGACGGCGGCUCAGCAGCGGCUGCUCACAGCCGGGCAGAGGGGUGAGGACAGCCAGGAAUAUGAGGGUUGGGGACUGGGGCUCAGGAUCCCACUCCUGUCCUUAAAGCCUGCCAGCCUCGCUACUUCGGCCGGGCCUGCCAAAAGGAUGUUGUCCUGGGGCUGCUGCAGGCUGCAAGUGCCACCCUCCAGCUGCAGCCGCAGGCCCUGGGCACAGGCACGGGGGACAGCGCCAGGUCCCAGGCGUCCCAGGCCACCGCGGGCCUCUCCUCCAGGGACCGGCGCGGCGGGAGGAACCAGCCAGGCAGAUGCUCCCAGGGACAGAAGCAAGAACCAGUUCCACAGGAGGAGAAAGCAGCGCGCACUGGCACAGCAGAAGUCCUCCAGGUCCAUUCGUCCCGGGAGGAGAAGCCAAGGCAGCCCGACCCCACCAACUAACGGUGCCACAGCCCUGUGCGAGGAACUGCUGUCACGUUACCCGCUACACCUGAAAUGCUUCAUUCCCUACGUAGUACAAAGAGUUCAUGCAACAAGUCGUGCAGUCUCAGCAUCGCCUAGAUCCUCUCCUUGCUUUUACUUCCUACGCUGGGAUGCUCCAAAGUUAACGGCAGUUUAGUUACUGACCCAUUAAAUCUUUUCAAUGCAACUCUAGCUGAUCUCUGAAUAAAAAUCCUGUUGGAAA